AUGUCUUCUCUUUCUGAGGUCGGGCUCACGGCCCUGUCCGUGUUCGCCAUGACCUUCUCGAGAUUCGCCGGAGCACAAAUAGCAAAUUCGUCCUGUUCCAACGACGCUACAUCGCUCACCUUCAUAUAUCAGAACAACCUGAACGCAUCCGACGACGUGAAUCAUGUCGGGGCCAUCUUGUUGGAUCCUUCGACUCAGAGUGGAGGAGACUCCCAGUGUAUAGCAAUAGGAGAGUCUCUAUUGCCCUUCACGACUGUCGAAACACACAGUGAGGACUUCGAGAAUGCUCUGUCCUACCUCGCAUUCGCUGGCUUAGUACAACCUGGGCAACAAUAUUACAUCGAGGAUGCUGUGUUGUCUGUCAACACCUUGCCUGGAGGCACGCUUGGCUUCUCGACAUCCGCUUCGGAAAAUAGGACUGGCCAGCUACCGGUUCUCUGUACCCAGUCUAGCUCUCAGAAUGGUGCGAGCAACGCUCAGGCGACUGCUUCGAACAGACUGACUAUUUCCUCGGCGGGCAAUACCUACGUAGGCUUUCGAAACCAGAAAUCCUUCCGCUUUAUUGGGAUACCAUAUGCAGACCCGGUCGAGCGUUUCGACUACUCAACAGUAUACAGCGCUACAGGCCAAACGAUCGAUGCCACCGCGUAUGGUGCCGACUGUACACAAGCGGGUGACUCGUCUUCCGCUGAAGACUGUCUGUUCCUGAACAUCCAGACACCUUACAUACCCAAGGCUGGGUCGAGCGAAAACCUCAGGCCGGUUAUGUUCAGCAUCCACGGUGGUGGCUUCACAGGCGGUAACGGGGGCGCAAAUUCCGGGCUGGAUGGCGGGAACAUGGCCUCAAGAGAAGACAUUGUGUCAGUCGAGCUCAACUACCGCCUGUCUACCCUGGGUUUCCUCGCCGUACCUGGAACGGAUGUCAAAGGCAACUUUGGAAUUGGAGAUCAGAUUACAGCGCUGGGGUGGGUGAAGAAGAAUAUUGCUUCUUUUGGUGGGAAUCCCAACAACGUCACCAUCAUUGGAGAGAGUGCUGGUGCCGGGUCAGUUCGGACAUUGCUCGGUUCACCGCCCGUCAUCGAGAACAAUCUCAUCUCUGGAGCUGUGUCCAUGUCCAACCUGGGCGGGGGUGUCGCUCUUGGUCUGCAAGGCGAUUACGCCACGACCUACAGCACGUACUUGACCAUCGAGCAGUCUUUUGAUCGGGCUGGCGAACAGAUCUUCAGCGGCGUCGGCUGCAACCAGACCGAUGUCAACGAACAGAUCGCAUGCUUAAAGACCGUAAAUGCGUCUACGAUCAUCAAUCUGGGAACAGUCGCAAGAUACGUCGUCCAGGAUGGUACAAUCGUCGACACAGAGCAGCUUAUUGUCACCGCCAAGAACGGCAGCCAGGCCUACGUUUCGGUCAUUUUUGGUACUACAAACAACGACGGCGCCUCAUUCUGUGGAUAUCCGCCAAGCAAUAUCACCAGCGAGGUUCAGGGCAUUGCUUCCUCACUUAGCAUCUCUCAAGCCCAGGCCCAGCGAGUCAUUGACAGUGGCCUGUUUCCAUACUUUGACACGGGCAAUCUGACUUUGGAUACCUUCAAUGUCUCACAAAGAGUUUCUACUGAUCUGCAAUUCCGAUGCGUCGACGAGGCCACUGUCUACGCUGCUAGUGUUUCGGGGGCGUUCCCUGCUUCCUAUUACUAUAACAUCUACCGCACAUACGAGGGUUACGAUCCGCUGAAACUGGGUCCAGCUUUGAACGGCGGAGUCAAUCCAGAAGGCAACUAUUUCAGACUUCACGGGAGCGACCUCGGCUUCACAUACGGCAACCAAAACCCCCUCCGCGACCAGCGCGACCUGCAGGCCAGUCAGCUUAUCAGCGGCUACUACGCCGCUUUCGCACGGACAGGCUCCCCGAACCCGGGUGAGGAUUACUUGCGGGCGCGAGGCUACAGUGACACGCUGUCGGCGGUAAGGGAGACUGGCACUUGGGAUCCUGUCACUAGUGACCAGGGGCCGGCCAAGCAGCUGGAUUAUCCGGCCGAGACGAUCACGUUUCCUGAGGUCCAACAGUGUGUUUUUUUGAAUUACAGCCUAGCUUAUUAUCUCGACGGCGGCGCUUGA